AUGCAUAAGUUACUAGAGAGCGCCAUACCGCUGGGGCCCGAGAAGGCCAAGAGUAAGGUCUCCAAGUCUUCGGACACGGUCAGCCUGAGAAGCCACAGCAUAGACCCUGUGGAACUCACAAAACCCGGCGCCACAUUUGCCAGCGUUGAGAAUCUGCGUUGCCCCCACCACUUCGCGUUGCCCAUUCAAUACUUCUGCCUGGACUGCAAGGACGGCGAGGGCUGCUUCUGCAGCGAAUGCGCGUUAACCAGACAUGCUACCUGCGACGUGCGUACGCUCGAAGAGGCGUACACCACGGUGCUGAACAACGUUAUCCGCAAGUGGGCGAGCCAAUUCAGCUCCAGGGCCGACGGCUUGGAGCUGACGUUUGCGCAGCAGCUCGAGGACAAACGUGAGGAAUGGAGCAUGAAGCUGCAGGAGGCGCAGAGUGUGCUGAACAGGAUGUGUGAUGACGUCACGACCACGGUGCGCGAGUUGGAGACGUCACUGACACGUUGGCUGAACCAGAGCCAUCGUUCGUUCGCGCAGGAGCACGACAAAAUUCGUGACCACGUGGAGAGCACGUUGGAAAGCUACGCGAAAAACGCGGAUAUGCUGCGCCAGCAGCGACGGCUGCCUGCGGCGCGAAUGCUGCUGUUCUACAACGAGAACCAUGUGAUGCUGCGCGAGUUACUGCUAGGCACCACCCCCCGCGACUCGGAGCGCAUGAUAGCGCAGGCUACUCGCCACCUGGGAGUACGCUUGGACAACAUAAACGCGACCGCAGUGGAGUAUUCGAAGCUGAUCAGGCAGCUGGAGCGCAAUAUCCGCCACGCUGAGGGCUGUUGA